GGAGAGUUUCCACGUUCAAACACAGCUAGUCUAAUUGCAAGAUGAAGGUGUUGCUGAUCCUUCUUUUGUUGGUCGGUUCUGCACUGGCCGGGACUGACCAGGGGGAGCGAGACGAGUUCACUGGAGAGGCGGUGGACUUCUUUCUGGGCAAGGACAAGAUGGCGGCCAAGUUGGAGAUGACUCCGUCUGCUAAUUGUGUGGAGGGAGACAUGGAGAUGACUGAGGAACAGAAGGAGGUCUACAACAUGAUGCGAGAGGUGACGGCCAAGAACAGAGCCCGAGUGCGCCGAGCGGCCACCACCGCCUUCCGACUGUGGCCCGACAAGACUCUCGUUUACAAGUUCGACUCACAACUGAGUAAGACAAUGAAAACAAAGUUCGAAGAAGCCGUCGCUCUGUACCGGGAAACGACGUGCAUCAAGUUCGUUGAGGCUAAAGAUGGCUACUCUGGAGACGUCAGACCGAUCAAUAUCAAGGGAACCGGCAAUGGGUGCUACUCGACAGUUGGUGGACCAGGCGGAAAUCUCAACUUACAGGAAAGCCGAUGCGAUCACCUCGGGGUUUGCCUUCACGAGAUAGGCCACGCCCUCGGCGUCUACCACGAACAAACCCGCUCGGAUCGCGGCGACCACGUCACCAUCAACGAGAAGAACAUCAGGAAAGGAUACGGCAACAAUUUCAAGAUGGUGGACCGGCCGCUGCUCGCCCCGUAUGAUCUGCAGUCUAUCAUGCAUUACUCGUGUGAUGCUUUCAGCAAAGAUGGCCGCUCGGAAACCAUCGUUCCUCAAGAUUCUUCGGUGAAGGAGAAGAUGGGAUUACAGAGGAGACUUUCCCGACUGGACAUCUACAAGUUUAACCUGAUGUACGGCUGCUACGAGGGCUGCCCCGAGGACCUGAAGGAUAAGUGUCAACAUGGCGGCGUGCCGUCCAAGGAAUGCACCUGCGUUUGUCCGGAGGAAUACAAGGGACCUUACUGUGAGAUCUUCAACGCCGAGACUGCUUGCAGUGCGCUGUUCACGGACACGUCAGGGGUAAUCCAGAGCCCGGGCUACCCUGCAAGAUACCCCAGCAACACCGAGUGUGUCUACGCCAUCGAGUGUCCUGUCGGUAUGACCGUCCAUCUGGACUUCACUGACUUCGACGUUGAAGGAUACGGAUGCUUCUAUGACAUCUUUGAAACGAAAACCGGUGACAUCAUCGAUGAGAUAUACCCUGACGAGUACUGUGACCGGGAACUGAAAGGUGUCGCCAAACACUCCAAAACAAACCUGGCCCUGAUGAAGUUCAAGAGCGACUACAUGUUCAACUACAAAGGAUUCCAAGUCGAGUAUCGUUGCGAGUAAAUCCACGACAGACAUCACCUGAGUGGCAGUAUACAACACGAGGAUUCUUAUGUAAACGACGAUUGAGAAAACAGAUGCGCUAGAUUCAAGACUAAAGAUUUUAGUUUAGUGCAGUUGCUUUUGUAGAGCUAAUUAUCGUUGCUUAGUAGAGACAUUUAAGCACGCUUGAUCAACAUCUUUAAUGUUAGAAGCAAGCAAGUCACCACCAAUAAAUUGAUUUAUAAUCGUUGAAACUUUAAUUGACACCAAAAAUUGGUGUCUUUUUAUGAACAAGCUAUACAUGCUUGCAGGCUGGUCGGGGAAUGGGUUAGUGCAUUUUUCUUAACUUCAUCUCCCAAAACGAUCCGAAAAAAUGCUGUGUUUUGUGAGAGUAGCGUUAUACAACUUUACAAAGUGUUCAAAGACUGUACAAUUUUUUUUGGGGGGGGGGUCAAAUAAUAUGUGAUUAUCAAUAGCUAAGGCGCAAGCAAUACAAUAGCAGGUGUAAGUAAAACAACCACUAUCAUGACACUGUGAAUAGUUUGUUUUAAUGCAAUGGGCCAACACAGCACAGAACCAAACUUUCACUAUCUUCUUUCAACCAUAGUUCUGAUUCUGGUCAGCAAAGGACAUUUCCUUCAGAAAAGAAAAUGAACAAAAUUCAUCUCUUUGUAGACAACGUGCGGGGGAGAAACUGGGGAACAACAGAAAAAAGAGGGGGGGGCAAAUGUCUUCACCCCCCCCCCCCCCCCGCACCACUGAGCACAGAUCAAAAAACUUGAUAUAGAACCAUCCUUUUUUUUGGUAAAAUAUUUUGGCGAUGUUUCCCGCCCGAAGAAUAAUCCUGAAGCCAAAACUUGAGGUCCUGCAUUAUGAAAAAAAGUUCUUUCCAUUUCAAGUAGGGAGAUACUUCGGUCAAAAACCAUGCCAGCCCUGUUAAGAAAUUGCUUGAUAAAUUCACUUUAUGUAAACUGAAUAAUGUCUUAGAACGUUCUAGGACAAAUAGAUUGAUUUUGAUCGGUGAAAGCUAUUCUGGGCCUUUUUUUUUAAAAACCCAGUUGCAAACCUUGAAGUUGCAUUUUCUUUAAUCUUGCUUGACCUUAAAAGCAGAGAGAUGAAUUCAUCUGCCUUAAUUUCAGUUGAUGGAAUCAGUAAUAAGCCCCGAUAAUUACAGUUGUGGAAUUAUUGAUUAAUCUCAUUGUAAAGAGUUGCUUUGCUUUGCAAAAAUAAACAAACACAUCAAGAAAGAA